CAGAGGAAGCGGCUGUUUGAACCAAUGGGAGCUCGUAUCUCCGGUUUAGCGGGUGAUUCAGUCCUCAGUCCAGACGAUCUGUUCGCGGGAAACAUACAGAAUCAGCAGCAGCAGCUAAUCUAACAUACUCCUCCGUGUUAUAUUAAAGAUACCUUCAGAUCGUCCUCUCCUGGAGAGCAGAGAGCAGAGAUGCUGUUCAGGUCGAUAGUAGACAGAAGAGCCGGCAGACGGAGGCAGAACGCCGUCCCUGCAGACCCGCGGCCCAGUUACCCUCUGAGCUCUCUGCUGGGAGGUUACCAGUGCGUCCGACACGAUGAACACAUCUCCUACGGCAACCUGGGGGACUCUGUGCCUCCAUUCGGAUUGGCUUUCUCCUCCGCGGGGAACAUGCAGAACAUCCUGGCAGCAGCUAAUGAGGAAGGUAUUGUUAGGAUCUACAACACAGAGAGCCGGGAAAAGACACUACUUAAAGAAUGGCUGGCUCAUGAGAAUGCUGUCUUUGACAUCGCCUGGGUACCGGGGGAGCCUCACUUGGUGACUGCUGCCGGUGAUCAGAUGGCCAGGUUGUGGGAUGUGACGUCAGGGGAGCUGUUGGGCAGCUUCAAGGGUCACCUCUGCAGCCUCAAGUCUGUUGCGUUCACACCACAGGAGAAAGCUGUGUUCUGUACUGGAGCCAGAGAUGGAAAUAUUAUGGUCUGGGACACCAGGUGCAGCAAAAAAGAUGGUUUCUACAGACAGGUGAAACAGAUCAGCGGCGCUCACAACAAAGCAGAGACGAACCCCCCCACCAAAACCAAGAAGAGGCGGAGCAGCACGCGCGGCAUGGCGCCCAGUGUGGACACCCAGCAGAGCGUCACGGUGGUUUUGUUUCGGGAUGAGCACACCCUCAUCUCUUCUGGGGCUGUUGACGGAGUGAUCAAGAUGUGGGAUCUGAGGAAGAACUACACGGCCCACCGUCCUGAUCCUGUUCCACUGCAGACGUACCCGUACCCGGGUUCUUGCAUGCGCAUGCGACUGGGUUACUCCGGACUCGUUCUGGACUCCACGCGGUCCAACAUUGUGUCUAACUGCACUGAUGACAGCAUCUACAUGUUCAACGUCAGCGGAAUGAAAACGACUCCAGUGGCAGUUUUCAGUGGCCACCAGAACUCCUCGUUCUACGUAAAGUCCACAAUCAGCCCAGAUGACCAGUUCUUGGCCAGUGGCUCCAGUGAUCAUAACGCAUACAUCUGGAAGAUCUCUGAUCCUAACCAUCCUCCCAUGAUGCUCCAAGGCCACAGCGAGGAAGUGACGUCCCUUGCAUGGUGCCCGACAGAUUUCACUAAGAUUGCUUCCUGUUCUGAUGACCACACCGUUCGGAUCUGGAGGCUUCACCGCGAGAUGGACGGAGCGCAAUCGUCAGUGGGAGAGGCCAACCUUGUGGGCUGGGCGCGCCCUAAACCUCCCUCAAGGCCUCCAAUCAGAGCUGAAACAACCCCCGCCAAGAACCAGAGGACAGAGAGUCUCGGAGGCUUGGCGUCCCCCCAGCUCGCUGCCUGCGCUCCCAGCGGAGCCGCCCUUCCUCUGCCCUCGAGCACCACCUCACCCAUCCCUUCUCAGGAUGCUGCUAAGGCUGCAGCCGCCGUCCGCCAGAGAACCCCGUCCUCCAUCAAACAGUGGUUAUCCCCGAGCCGUGGCUCUCCCGGUCAGGUCAGCCCUCUGCUGCCCUGCAGGGUGCUGAGCCCGUGUCCCCAGAGCCCGGCCCAGAGCGCCGCCUCUCCCACGGAGCGACGGGCCAAACGCAGGCUGGAGACCGGCGGCGAUGCAUCCGCAGGCUGCGGGGGGGCAGAACAGUGUGACUGUGUUACCGAGCUCUACCCAGCGGCCAAGAGGAGCCGGGGCCUGUCGGGAAUCUGCUGCCCGGCUCAAGAGAACCGGCUACAAACAGACCGUCACACAGAGGACGACGAGCAAGGCUCGUCCAGACAGACUGGGAAGGAGAAUUACUCUCCCGGAGCAAAGGACUGGUUGUCAGCGAUGGGCCAGAAGAUGAGGAAAGGUCAAGGCAGCCCGAGUUCUCCCAGAAGCCCCAGCGCCUCGAAGAAACAAGAAGGCAAGACGCCCGCUUCACCGACCAUCCGCUCACCACAAUCCAUGAAGAAAAUCUCCAUGUAUUUCACGAGGAGACCUCUGGAGUGACCACUUUGUGCCCGUCGGAUGCUCCGUGCUUCUGUAUAAAAUUCUAGAUUUCUUUAUUUUGAGUAUUUUAACCUGAACCCACAGACAAUAUGCCUCUAAAAACACUGGUAUAUGUCCAGAUUACAUUAGCACAUGAACCUGGGCUGCACAGAGAUUGACAAAACAGUCAUUCUGAAUAUUUGAUGCUGCAGUUUUCACAUCCCAAGAGGCUUUUUUUUUGUUUUUUUUUAAUCGGGCCAUGGGUUUUGCAGUUGCCUCCUACACAAUUAUCUGGUGCUGUGCAGAAUCUCUGGUUGUUUGUUGCUGAGUAAAUCUUUAAUUUUACUCAAACCUGAGAAACCCAAGAGAUGCAUUAGUGUUUAAUACUAGAACCCACGUUUAAUAUAGUUGUUCCGGAGGUCAACCAGGUAUUAAUCCUCAAGUGCAGAGAAAUGUCUGUCUUCAGGUGUGGACAUUUUAAAUUCUGCUAAAAAAUACAAUUUAUUUGAUCCACAUUUUUGAGUAUUUUUAUGAACUUCACAAAGUAUAUUUAUCAUCUCUUUGUGGGGUUUUUCAUGUAUGGCUUUUGACCUUUUUCUUUCAGUGUUACACAUAUAAAAUUCUGCAAAAAUGUUAUUUUUCUUGAGCUAAUGCUUAAGUUGUUUAUAUGUACAAAAUAACCGAUUGUUACAUGGUUCAUUUGUAUUUAAUUGAUGCACAAUGAUUGCUGUGGUCAGAUUUUAUUAAAUAGAAAAGAGUUUUCAAAGUGUGUGGCAUGCUAUCUGUUACAUAUUAUCAGUGUGAUCCAUGCGUUUGUGUUAUAAAGACUGCUUUUAGUAGUGAGACAC